AUGCCAUUUUUUGUCCGUCCGAGUAAAACUAUCUGCCGCAAUUUUAUGCGACGUCCGGCUGCGCAGGUCUGCCGCUUCCCUUCAGGUCAUGACUUCUACUUCUCGUUACCAAUUGAAGUGAACUGUCUUCACCUCUUCAACCCCUUCGAACUUGAAUUCUUCUUUGGCUUCCUAUCGAAUAUACUUCCGAGCAUUGCGAAAAGAAAGGGGAGGACCGGUGUCGAUAAUGCUCUACAUAUCCAACACACCAUCUUGCGCCGCCUUCAGAAAAGCAAAAACCUCAGUUCAUCUCAAAUGAAAGCAUGGGUAGCUGGGUACGGCCUCCCUAUAUUUGAUGAUGCUCAAGAGCUGGUGGAUUUCAUUGUAGAUUGGGACUCGAUCGAAUUUGAGGGAAAUUUGGGGUCGACUGAGAGGAAAGCCAGGAAGAGGGCGGAGGAAAAUGGGUUGGAUCCUUGCGGACCCGUUCCAGUGUGCCCUAAAGAUAUUGACAAUGACGUUGUCCUAGUGUUUGAUUGGGGAAAGGACGGAAACGAGGCUUUUGAAGUCAGGAGAAACGGAGAAACGGAAUUAUUCUGCAUCUAUGGCGGCAUAUUCCAAAAUAAAAUGCAAUGGACGGCCUAUGAGACGAGCCUCUCAGAACAGGUGCUAAAAUUGCUUCGAGCUGGUGUACUUAGAGUCACCACCCUUCCAACUGGAGGCUGGGGUCUGAUUGAAGGGCUUCACGAACAGCAUUCCAACGACUCAUAUAGCGGCCGGAUUGAUGAGCAACUCAACGACCUGAGCACGUUCGAAUCGUCAGCUUCCCAUUCCUCUCCAUGUACCAAUUCUGCACUUUGCUCUGCAGGCACUCUUCGUUGUACUACUCGAGACGUACUCGACAUUCAUGCAAACAAUUCGAAGAAUAUCGAGAGAAACAAGCGCUCUCCCAGUAUGGCAUUCCAACAAUCGGUCAACGUUUUCGGAGCUACUUUCAGAAACUGGGACGACUGGAUACAGUUCAAACACACACUGACUAGAGUCGAUCUCGAUCUGCUUUCUCAUCGGGUUCUGCAGCUCAGACGUUCUAAUGAUGGGAGGAUUACCAUAACACAAGGGCCUAAUGCUGGACCGCCAUCCAAACCACCCAAUAAAGAUGCCCAUGCUCCAAUCUACAGCCAGGUGGUAGCCCCCAAGCAAUGUGUUACGCAAAGAUCACCUCAAGACAUGAUUGAUCGGAAACAGUUCACUCGGGGUGUCAGGCAAUUCUCACCACCGCAACGUGUGGGAAGGCAAGCCCCAUCCCUCGAAGACGGCAUACAUCGCAAUUCAAUCUCAGAAGAUAGAGCUGCCUCAUGUAAUCAAAGUUACCCUCAGCCGAUUUUCGUGCCACUCCCGACGUUCAGUUUCCUCGCUACUCAAAAAGGAGGCCUAGACGCUGAUGUCACUAAAAUCCCGGCCACACAACGCUCACGUCGUCUUGCCGCUCACAAAGAGCCAGUUCGGCCAAAAUUUAAGAUGCCGUCUUCCAAGACCACUUAUGUUCCAGACGAACAUCGCGUAAUCAAUAUAGCUUCAUCUACUCUCGCUAGAUCAGAAUUGUCCUCUCCAGUGCAACCUCUCUCAAAGGCCACACCAGGACGCGCAUCCAGCCCUUUGAGGAACAAACUCGCAGCUCCUAGAACUACUAUGCACAAUUGUGAGAGAUAUCCAGCAUCAAAAGAUCGGAACCAUAGCAAAUACCAAGCAUAUGCCACCUCCAGUAGCGACACUUCGCCUCAAGCAUCGCCCUUCUCAUGGCGUGACGUGUAG